AUGGCUUUCAUGCACGCAUCAUCUGCUGAGGCUUUGCCCUCAGAUCUAGACCUGUGGGUUGACAACGUCACUCAAACAGGCGAAGAGAAAAGUCAGGAUCAUGAAUUUUAUCCGACUUCUAGCAGCCUUGAUACAGGCACUGUAGAAAUUGAGGUGCCAGGCGUGGGUCACGUCUAUCCCGACCCCGCUCUAUUUCUCUUGUACACAAAAGAACAGAUUGUAAACGGUGAUGGAUCACUCAUUACGGCGGCCGAUAACAGUGAUGCAACAUUAGUUAAUUACGGUGCACACGCCCAAUGGUCACAAAUAGACGUCAGUCUUAAUGGAACUGUCAUUUCACAGUCCAGCAUGACUUACCCCUAUAGGGCUUACAUUGAGGCGAAACUUAAUUAUGAUAAAAGUGCGAGAAACACACAUCUCCAGCAACGCCUAUGGUACGAGGACACAGCAGGUCACUUUGACUCCUUGGAUGGAGCGCAAAAUUUGGGUCUCGCAUGGCGUCGCUCUCGCACUGCAAACAGUAAGAUCUUUGAAACACUGGGCCCACUUCACAUCGACAUUUCUAACUCUAAUCGGCUCCUUCUCAAUAACUGCACGCUGCGAAUAAAACUGACAAGAAACCGUGAUGCUUUCACGAUCAUGUCGACAAAAGGGACAGAGAAAAUAAAACUUUUGGAAGUGAAACUUAUUGUUCGCAAAGUCACUAUCUCUCCCUCAGUUCUCUUGGGUCACGCACAGGCGCUCGAAAAGGCUCCAGCAAAAUAUCCCCUGAAUCGUGUGGAUAUUAAAACGGUGACGAUAACACAAGGGCUCCGCGACAAGACUAUAGACAAUCUCUUUAUGAACCAAUUGCCACAAAGAAUCAUCAUAUGUUUAGUUGACAAUAAGGCUUUCAACGGAGAUUAUAAGCUUAAUCCAUUUAAUUUCCAGCACUUUAAUCUGAACUACCUACAACUUCAAGUUGACGGUACGCCUGUCCCGUCACAACCACUGACACCUGAUUUCCCCGGAGAGCUGUAUACACAGGCUUACAACACACUCUUUAGUGGUACGGGUAUCCACUGGAAAGACGAGGGAAACAAUAUAAGUUGGAACGACUACGCAAAAGGCAACACUAUUUUCGCUUUUGAUCUCUCUCCUGAUUUAUCAGCGAGUAAGCCUCACUGGAACCUGCAGAGACACGGAACACUCCGACUUGAUCUCCGUUUCGCAGCCCCACUUCCUAACCCCAUUAAUGUGAUUUGUUACGCUGAGUUUGAGAAUUUGCUACAGAUUGAUAGGAACAGAAACGUCAUUAUUGACUACAACGUCUAA